AUGAAUCGGUUGCCGAAGCCAGAACGCGGCUCAAGUCCGCCCCGCGUCGCGCUUCUGAACACCAACAAUCCGGCUCCUCGAACAAUUUGUCAGAUUUUCGAAGAAAUUCCGACUGCUCAGCUUCAAGAAGUGGUACGUUCCUUUGAAAGAUGAUGACUUUUCAAACAAGAAAAAUGUGAUCAGGAAUCGUUCAAAAGUUAGGAAAUUAAUUUCGUUUUACAGGCAAACCAACCAGCUCGCUUUGAUGAGGAAAAAUUGCCCUUAUUUUUGAUCAAGCUGUGGAAUAUCGUUGAGGAUCCCAACAUUCAGCAAAUCGUUCAUUGGGAUGAGGUAGUUUUACCUUUACCUAAUCGACGACUGCGAAAAAAAAAAUCAUUAGAGCGACUUGGGAUGAAUAAAAUGUUUUUUUAUCAUUUCGUGUUUUUCCUUUUUUUCCUUUCUAUUUUUCUAAUCGGGUAUGGAAAAGCUUUUACUGUUAAAAUUAUUCGUAUAAGUUUUUUUCAGUCGGGCGUCAGUUUUUCACAUCGCGGAUCCCUAUUCGUUUUGCCGCAAUGUAUUGCCUCACUACUUCAAGCACAACAAUUUGAACAGUUUGAUCCGCCAAUUGAAUAUGUGUUCGUUUUUUUUUUUUCAAACUUGCGUUUCCAGAUUUUCGACGUCCCUUAGCGUUUUCAAAGGUUUACAAAACUUUCUUCUCUAAUUACUGUUAGAUUAUGUUGUCUUUUUCCGAAGUUUUUGAAUUUAAAAAACAUAGUGAUAUGAAAACUUGUCGAACGAUAAAAGAGAAAUUCGAGACAGUCGUCGAGACAAAAAAAAAGAUUGCUCUAAUAGUUUCCUUAAAAAUCCUCGUUGACUUUUUGAGUGCAAAUGUAUUGGUUCCAGAAAGAUCUCAGCAUUGAGACCCUUUUCAAAUGUAAUACUGAGUUAUGCAGGUUUUUACACCUUGAGGCAUCAGUUCAUUUUUUGAACUAUCCAUUCAACUAUAACAAUUUCCUAUUUUCACGCAAUUCAGUUGUUUAGCGGAGAAUAGUCUCUGAGCUUUCAUGAUGCCAAGUUUUUCAACGAUAAACUUAAGAUGGUUUCCGGAAAAUGACUCCCCUGAAUCAAGGCGGCCUCACAAGAACAGAAUCCGACCAAGAUCAUUUGGAAUUCAGUCAUCCUUAUUUUGUCCAAAACCAUCCGGAACUUCUGGGGAACAUCAAGAGGAAGGUUUUCCCUUGCUUUUGACUGAAUAUUUUCGUUUCUUAAGCAAUCGGGAAAAGGAACAGAGGAGAAGUCUUCGGUACAGACACAGCAAAGUCUCGACAUGGUCUUGACCGAGAUGCGAUCUCUUCGGGAGAAACAGCGCUCAAUGGAGACCAAGAUCAACGAAAUCACCAAGUUUGUGAAUAUUUCAUUCAUCAGAUUUUCAUCAAUUUCAUUUUUUCUCAAUUUAAAAGUUUUAAGGCCAUAAUAGAAAUUUUUCUUAAGACUCAGUAAAAGAGGCAGCUUCAACCUUGAUGAAUAAACAACUGAAAAUCGAUUGGGUUAAAAAAAUUGUUUUUUUCAUAUUUUUCUUCUUGUGAGGUCACCUCAAAUAUUUUUUUCUAUAAAAAGUUGACCAAUUAUAUCAAUUUUUUUCGUUAAAAGAGUAAAAUGCGGAGGUUGUCGUUUUUUUAAUAGAUUUUCAUGAUUGUUUUUUUGCUGAGUUUUGUCACAAAUUAAUGAAAAACAUGUGUACAUUAUAUGUUUGCAAAUUUAGCGAGACUCAAACAUUUAUAUUUUACCAGUUGAUUGAGAAAUCACAUGAAAUAUGAAGAAGAGAAGCAUGUAAAAAAUACUUUUUUAGUAUCUUUGGGCAUUUCUGCUAUCAUUCACAGCCCUAAGAAACAUUUUUUGAAAAUGAAAAAAACGGCGGUAUUCCUGCAUCGACAGUGAUUUCAGGGAGAAUCGGACGUUGUGGGACCAGAUGCAGAGCAUGAGGCAGCAGUACAACCGACAGAAUCACAUAGUGAACAAGCUCGUGCAGUUCCUCGUCUCGAUGGUCCAGCCCAACAUUUCGAAGCGCGUCAACAAGAGAGGCGUCCUCGCGAUCGACGACUACACGUCGCCGCAGAAGAGGCCGCGCAACGCCGCCGACGCAGGUCCUCCUGUCCCGAAUCCCGGGGCUCUCAACCCCAUCAACUUCAACACUAGCGCCAACGCCAAUCAUCUCUCCGAGGUUCGGCUUUUAUUCAUUGAAAUUAUCUAUCGCCGAGAUGUGGGAGGGCCGGCCAUCACAAAACUUGUUGCAAUCGCCAUUUUGUUCUUUCUUUUCGAAGGUUUCGCAGUCUCGCGUAGGCCACGUUUUUACGAAAAAUCUCUCGAGCUACUAUAAUUGAAAGCAGAGAGUAAAGAAAAUAUCAAAAAAAUUAAACGGAAGUGAAUUUUUGACCAGUAUCAAAAAGGAUAUGAUGCCAAUCAAGUCUUUCUUUGAGGAAAAAUCUUAAAUAGAGAAACGGUAAAUGAAGUUCAUAGGCCCCUCGAAAUAGCUGCGUAAACCUAAAUUUUUUGAGCACCUUCUUCUUUUUUUUCGGAUAAACUAUCAGAAGAGAGUAUAAGGCUUGAAUAUUUUCUCAUGAAUUUUUCGAGACAUUCUCAAAGUUCGCAAAUUUUUCAGCUUCUCGAGCUUCUUCAACGGGAUGGCAGAGAUAGUGCGGCGUUUAGACGAGCGCCAGACGCGGGUCCAGUCAUUGCUGAGGUAACUUUUCUUCUAUACAUCCCAAAGUCUUUUUUGAAGGCUCUUCUAUCUAUUAGGAUAUUAGUUCUCCUGAAAAAAGGUUUAAUCAUCGCAAGUUUUCUACUCAAUGACAAGUAAACUUCAAAAAAAAGACUUUGAUUCCUGAUUAUGAAAAAAAAUUUCUUGCACUCUUUUGAUUAUUUUUCGAACAUGACAGAGAGAGGAAUGAAAUUUGUUUUAAAAUUAUUGCAAACUCCGAAAUAAUUUCCGUCUGUGCAGGUGACCGACGAAACGGGCUCUCCAAUCGGACAUUUCUCGUCGCGCGAAGCCUCGCCGCAGCCCCUCAUCACGAAUCCGAGUCCGCGACGGAGCUUCCAAGCGAAUGCGACGCAGCCGGCGCGAGCCGCCAAGCCGACGACGGCUUCCGUUCCGACGACCGCGUACAUGGGAAGCGGUGCCUACACCAUCGACAUGGCUCCCUCUCCGCCGUCUGCGACCAAGUAUUCGCCUGUCCCCUCGACCUCGUCGCAGCAGCCGCGGUUCACUACGCCCGCGGCGCCUCGCAAGAAUCUGGCUAGGGUGAAUGACUUUUUAAGACGAUAGAACAGAUAGGUAUUGAAAAGUUUAAAAAAAGAAAUCAAAUUUUUGGCAAUUCACUGGUUGCUCAUUGAUCCAUUCUUUCAACGAAGAUAGGAGCGUUUUGCGCGAAAACUUGCCAUAAAAAUAUAUUAUCUUUCAAUUGUCGAUAGAGUUUUGUAUUUGGCUAUGGAAAAUCUUGAAGGCAAAAUAAAAGUGAUCCUAUCAGCUUGAAUAAAAAAAAGUCACACACUUUUUUUGCCGUCGGAAGAAAAAGAAAAUGAAAUUCGAUCUUUUCCAGGAGUCGCAGAAUUUGUCCGCAAUGUCGCAGAAUUUGGAGCAGUUGCUGAGUAACAACUUUGAAGAAAAGCCGCUGUUGCCUCCGCCCAACACGUCCCUCCAAGUGCAGCCGAAAGUCUCCGAAACUGAAAAUAAGGCGUGGGAUCUGCAGCUGCCGGACAGAAGCGACACUUUCUCGCCCACCAUUUCCAUGUCGCCCUCUCUGGAACGUCAGAUUUCCCAGGAGCUUCAGGUUCUUUCAAAGAACAUUUAUUUCGGGUGUCCGGUUUUUUUGUGUUCCCCCUGUCUGGUGUUUCCAAGAAAAGAAAAGCUUAAAAAAUUGAAAUAUAGCGAAUUUGUGCGCUCUGUUGAUCCUGUUUUAUUUCCAAGGUACACUUUUUUCGUCGGUUUAGAGUAGAAAAAAAUAGAUAAGGGUUGGAUUUGGUUUACGUCUUCGCUAUUUUGUUGAUAAUAGAGAGUCAUUUUUGGGUGUGCUUCAAAAUCAAAAAGUUUUCAAUUUUCGAGGAUAAAAAAUAACUUUUUUUCCAUGAGCGCACUUGUUCUUGUGUUUCUUUUUCUGUGUAUCACUGUGGCUUUAGUUUGUUCACAAACAUUUUUAUGUUCACAGUCUGUUCGAAAACUCUCCAGGAGGUCUUUGAAGGCCCAAGAUCUGAUUAAUGACUGUUUCAAACCAAGCAAAUUGUUGAUUCUUGAUUCUUGGCUGUCGAAGAAUUACUAGAAACGUGUUUUUGAGUCCGCAAGUCUUUCAACUUCUGACCCAGCAACCGGUUUAUACAGACUGUACUUCACUAUUUCCCUCCCUUAUAUUAAUCACAGAAUGCAAACUUCCUUUGUUGGCGUGAUGUUUCGUGUUGUUUGCAGUCCGGGAACUCUGCAGCAAUCGGAUCCACUUUACAGGACUACCUUUCCGGCGUCGACUUCUCCAUCGACAAUUGUCGCGACCUGCUUGCCGCCGCCGGUACUGAAUGGAACAACUACGACUUCAUGGAAGUUCGUUUUUUUUGGUACCACGAUUUGGAGGACUGCUCAACUAAAAACUUGUUCGGGAAGAUUGAGAUGAGGAAAGAGGAGGAAAUUGUAGAAAACAGUAAAUAUAUAUUAUUGUAGAAACGCUUAUAUUGUAAAAAUUGGAAAAAAAUUUCUAAUUUCAAUAUUGUUUUUCACUAAAUUUUUUUCGUGACAUCUAUUUUUUUCAAUUUUUUUGAUAUGCUCCAUGUGGUAAAAAAAUUCAAUUUUAAUAGAAUCACUUUUUAGGUUCAAUGAAAGCAUAAACUUGAAUGAAUACAAUCAAAUUUCAAUUUUUUUCGUUUUAUUUUUGGACAUUAAAAAGGAAAAAUCUAUUUAUUUAUUUUUUUGAAUUUUUUUAACCACUUUUUUUGAGGAUUUCGGCGACGAUUCCAACUAUGGGAUGAACGGAGGAGGGCAGUUGGCCUUGGAGGGAACUUCCUCCAAUCCGCUAGAACUCGAGUACAAUCCCACUGCGUCGCCUCAGGUAACUUCAGGAGAUUUCUCUGCAAGGAAUCCAAAAUCGUUCGAUAGAAUGAUUCGACAUGAGAAUAGAGACCUUGAAAUAUCAUUAAAUGUGUUCUUUGUUUUCUUGCUUGCUUCCUCCGGCUAAAAAUGUAAAGAAAAAUAAAGAAGGGGAAAUGAAAAUUAAAACAAGAGAAGAAACAUGUCAAAGUAAGUUGAUAUUUUGAAAAUAAAGUGAAUUGUUUCUUCGAUGACCUAGAACUUGAAAUGAAAAAUUCUUCUAGAAGGUGAUACAAGAUGGAGAGGUUGCUCAUUCCAACAUUGCGAAUCCAGCUCUUCUCGACAAUUUGGUAUACUUUCUCUUAUUUUCUUCUUCAAAGAGUGAAGAUUUGAGGAUAAAAAAUAUCUAAAAAUUUUGAUGGAUUUUGUUUAAGAAACAGAAAAUUAACGAACUGAUUCUGCGAAAAGUCAACUGAAAAACUUUCGAGAGUUCAUGAAAUGACAUCUUUAAUCGUUCAUUCUUGUCAGGACGAGACGUUUCCGGUGAUUCCGGACCAAGACAAUUUGGACCAAUUUCCGACGAUUCCCCAACUACCGCAUCAUUAUGGCUCUCCGGACGGUCGCAGUUUUGAGCGGAAAUAA